AUGACCCUUGUUAAUAGUAUCACGGCCCGCAGCAGCAGCAGUGGCGGCGGCGGCCGCUCUAUCCCGCGGCGGUCCGGGGCGUUACGCGGACUGAGUUCCCGCCUGAGUUCCGCGGAGCGGGCGCGUCGGCUGUUGACCACGGACUUGGUGCCGAUUCAGGCGCCAGCGCUGGGGUCGCCGCCAACGACGGGCGACCUUAACCAGCCGUGGUACCGCUUUGAGACGGUGUCGCAGCUGCGGUUCGUCGACUGGCGCGCGUCGCGGUACAGAACGGGCCUGCUGCUCCAGGACGGGUGCGAGAGCUGUUGGGCGCUAGCAGCGACGGACCUGCUCUCGAUGCUCUGGGCCCUCGCUUUCAACGCAACGGCGCCCGUCCCGCUCGCGCCGCAGCAGGUCUGCGACUGCGGCACGGGCAGCUGCUGCCGCGGCGGCUGGCCCGAGUGGGUGUUUCUCUACGCGAUGAGCAACGGCGGCGUCGCGCGGGAGAUUGAUUAUCCGUACACUGCUAUGGAUGGUCGCUGCCCCACUCGCUGCCCCUUUCACCACCAUCUCUUCCUCCCCCAACUGUCCCAUUUUCCUCCCCGUCCCUCCCCUUCCGCCUUCCGCCUUCCCCCCCUGUGUUGUCCGCAGGGUUCGGUGAUUGGCGCGCGCACGGACGGCGCUAUGACGUGCGUGCUGGGCACGUUUCAGAGCGGCCUGCAGACCUACACCGUUGCCGCGGGGGACACGUGCGAGGUGAGGCGCGCCACUCCCCUCAGCUUCCCACUCCGCCUCCGCUUCUCCCCCCUUUAUCCGCUCCCCUUCCUUCUCCCGCUUCCCCACUCUCCUCUUCCUUUUUCUCCCCACCUCCAUCCCAUUUUCUACUCGCUCACUCCUCCCAUACACUUCUCUCUGUUAUACUUUCUUAAGCAACCUCGUCCCCUCUCUUCCCCUCUUCCUCCUCUUCCUCCCCUCUUUGCUUUCCUUCCUGCUCCCUCUCCCCCUCAUUUCCUUGAGCGAAUUCACACCUUGCUUCCUCUCUCCUCCCUUCCCUCUUCCCUCCCCCCAUCCCUUCCCUCUCCCUCUCCCCAUCUCCUCCCCUUUCUUCCUCUCCUCCCCCCCUUUCAGUCCCUCGCGAGCGCGUUUAACAUAACCCCCACAUCCCUCGAAGCCCGAAACUCCUUCAUUGACUGUUCCUCCCUCGCGCGCGCGUUCAACAUCACCCCAGCAUCUCUUGAAGCCCGAAAUCCCUUUGUCGACUGCUCCAUCCAGCCCCUCACGCCCGGCUACAUUCUCAUUGUCGCCGGCGACACCAACGUCACCUUCGGCUGCGCAGCCGUCGAUCUCAUCUCCCCAAACGACACCUGCACCGCCAUUGCAACGCGUAACAACGUUACCGUAAAAGUGUUACAAGCGCUCAACCCGGGUGUGAACUGCUCGCUGCCCGCUCCAUCGCCAUCACUGCGAGUGUCGUCGACGGUGUGUGUGCGGUCAGGAAUGCUGUCGACAACCGCGCCGGCGGCUGUGUCGUGUGGGCAGACGUACCGGGUGCAGCCGGGGGAUACCUGCAUGAAUGUGGCGCUUAACGCCAGCAUCACGCUCACCCGCCUCUUGCUGGCUGAGAUGCGUCACCACGGCCCCUCUAGUCCCCUCAAUGCUGCUCUGCGUGGCACUGCUAACAGUGGAGCUGGGCUGAGAUGCACCACCACAGCCCCUCUGGAUCCAUCCAUGCUGCUCUGUGUGGCACCGCUAACAGUGGAGCUGGUGAGCGUGGAGUGUGCUGAGUGGUACUCUGUCACCCAGGCCGACACCUGCAGCCGCAUCGCCAAUGCUGCUCUGCUCUCGAUGGAUGAUUUUAUGAAGCUCAAUCCCGGGCUCAGGUGUGACCCGCCGUACUUCCAGAUCGGGCAGCAGGUGUGUGUCGCAGGAGCAAUCGACGCGUUCAGUGCUGACUCACUCUCUUCCGACGUUAUCCCCUACACUGUCAUUGCAAACGAUACCCUUGCUUCCAUAUCCAACCUGCCGUGGCCGCAUGUUUUUAAAGCCUCUCACCGGCACUACCUGCACUUCCACAGCACUGUGUCCCCCUCCCCCUUGGCCGUUCACUGA